UCCGUCCCGCCAUGCCGAGCCGACAGAAGCAGCUCAUCUUCUCCAUCUCCGGGCUCUUCGGCUUCUCCUGCGCCCUGACGGCCGCGGUGGCCACGGGUCUGCCGUUCUGGCUCAACGGGACAGUCCUGUGCCGGACCGGGGCCGAGCUGGUGAAUGCCACCGGACCGGAGCUGGACAAGUUUCUUGGAGACCUGAGCUACGGGCUUUUCCACGGACAGAGGGUGAAGCAGUGCGGCCUGGGAGGGAGACCGUCCAGGUUCUCAUUCUUCCCAGACCUGCUGAGCGCCAUCCCGGCAGGCCUCCACAUCACCGUCAUCUUCUUCUGUGGUGCCGUGAUCCUCUUCUCCUCUGUGGCCGCCGGCUUCUUCUUCUUCAACGCCUUCGGCAGACCCUACGAGACGCUGCAAGGCCCCAUGGGACUUUACCUGUGGAGCUUCAUCUGCUGUCUGUGCAGCUGUCUGGUGAUGAUCCUGUUUGCGUCAGAGGUGAAGCUCCAUCACCUGUCCGAACAGAUCGCCAACUUCAACGAGGUCAACUUCGUCUUCCAGACGUACAGCGAGCACUACGACCGAUCCUUCUGGCUCUUCUUCCUCAUCUUCCUCCUCCACGGACUCAACAUCCUGCUGAUCCGACUGGCGGGAAUCCAGUUUCCCUUCCAGGAGACCAAAGAGUCUGACCUGAGUGGGGGGGCGGCCGACCUCAUGUACUGAGGAAACCUGAAGGAUCUGUGAGACCAGCUCGAGACAUUUCUUGUUUCCUCCCUGAGAAACACACAGAAACUGGACCUGAACCAGAGUGUGAUGUUAAAUAUGUGGGGAGAGGACCCGUCCACAGAUCAACUCUGUAAAAUCUCCAUGUCCAUCACAAGUUUCUUAGAGUCCUGAGUGAUGUCUUCAAAUUUGUAUCAAGUUGUCAAGCUGUGUCCAACUAACAAGACUAGAUCUCCAACCGGACAAAGUAGGCCACUGCCCAGGGGCCCAAAAGCCCCAGGUUUACUCCAUAUCAGUUGAUUAAUCACUAAAGAAUUUUAAAUUUGCAUGUGGGGUCCUUCAUGUGGUCCAGGUAGAAAGACUCUGCUUCGAGGUCAAUCUGGACCAAAGGCCGGAGUUCCUCGGUUUAGAGUCA